GCAGGGCGCUGGUCGGCUCCGAAACGCAACGCACGACAGAGCGACUGACGAAGGCUGGGACACACGUACUCCUCCGUUGAUCUCAUCGCCAUUAAAAAAAUAAAAAAGAUAAAAUAAAAAAAAAAAAAAAGAUACAUAUAUAAACCGCGAACGUAAACCGCGCGUGCAACGAGAAGGCGAUUAGAAUUAAUUUCUUCCCCAGUGAAGUUAAACUAAUACGGACACGAUCGACUAUACAGUUCAUAAACAAGGAUGUCUUCUUCAGCGGUAGCGAAGAGUUCCAAGUACACGUACCGGUCUUCGGGCGGUGCGGGCUCUGCCGAUGUUAGCAUCGAGUACAGCGCCGACCUGAGCGCUCUCUCCAGACUCGAGGACAAAAUUCGCCUUCUUCAAGACGAUUUGGAGUCGGAGAGGGAGUUGCGACAGAGGAUCGAACGGGAGCGCGCUGACCUGAGCGUGCAAGUAAUUCAGCUGUCCGAACGCCUAGAGGAGGCUGAAGGCGGCGCCGAAUCUCAGUUCGAGAUCAACAGAAAGAGAGACACGGAGUUGGCCAAGCUGCGCAAACUACUCGAAGAUGUCCACCUCGAGAGCGAAGAGACCGCCCACAUCCUGCGCAAAAAGCACCAGGAAGUUGUAACCGAUUUCCAAGACCAGAUCGAUCAACUUUCCAAGUCCCGUGCCAGGGCUGAUAAAGAAAAGGCGAAAUUCCAGCAGGAGGUUUACGAACUGCUCGCUCAGGUCGACGCCGUAACAAAGGAGAAGAUUCUGUCCAUCAAAACGGUGGAGAAACUCGAGAUUCACGUCUCGGAAUUGAACGUUAAGAUCGAGGAACUGAACCGUACGAUCGUCGACAUCACCAGCCACAAGACUCGCUUGUCCCAGGAGAACAUCGAACUCACCAAGGAAGUCCAGGACCUCAAGGUGAACAUCGAGAACGUUAUUUACCUGAAGUCACAGAUCGCCAGCCAGCUCGACGAUGCCCGACGUCGCCUCGAAGACGAGGAACGCCGUCGCUCUUUGGUCGAGGCUUCGCUCCACCAGGUUGAAAUCGAAUUGGAGUCCGUCCGCGUUCAGUUGGAAGAGGAAUCCGAGGCUCGUCUGGACCUCGAACGGCAGUUGGUCAAGGCCAACGGUGAGGUAUCCAUCUGGAGAUCCAAGUACGAAACGGAAGCCAACGCUCGCGCCGAAGAGGUAGAGGAAUUGCGCCGCAAGUACUCAGCUCGUAUCCAGGAACAGGAGGAACAGAUCGAGACACUGUUGGUGAAGAUCAACAACUUGGAGAAACAGAAGUCGCGUCUCCAGUCCGAAGUCGAAAUCCUGAUCAUCGAUCUUGAAAAGGCCAACGGAACCGCUCGCGACCUCCAGAAGCGCGUCGAACACUUCGAGAAGGUCCACAUCGAGCUGAAGGCACGCUUGGAGGAAACCGUACAGCUUUACGAACAGACCCAACGUGACCUACGCAACAAACAACAGGAACUCCAGCGUACCAAUGCCGAACUCGACAAGACCCGCGAGAUUAAGGAUGGACUCGCGCGCGAUAACAAGAAGCUCGCAGACGAUUUGACCGACGCCAAGAACCAAUUGGCUGACAUGAACCGUCGCCUGCACGAACUCGAGUUGGAACUUCGUCGUCUGGAGAAUGAACGUGAAGAACUGGCCGCAGCGUACAAAGAAGCCGAGGCCGGCCGCAAGGUAGAGGAACAACGCUCUCAGCGUUUGGCCGCUGAGCUCAGCCAGUUCCGCCACGAGGCUGAGCGUCGUCUCGCCGAGAAGGACGAGGAAUUCGAGGCGUUCCGCAAGCAGACCAGUAUCGAGAUCGAACAACUGAACGCCCGCGUCGUCGAGGCUGAGACAAAACUCAAGUCGGAGGUACAACGCGUAAAGAAGAAGCUGCAGAUCCAGAUCACCGAACUCGAGCUCUCACUGGAUGUUGCCAACAAGAGCAACAUCGACUUGCAGAAGACCAUCAAGAAGCAAUCUUUGACACUCACGGAAUUGCAAUCUCACUACGACGAGGUUCAGCGUCAAUUGCAGGUCACUUUGGACCAGCUCGGCAUCAGCCAGCGCCGUCUCCUGUCCCUCACUUCGGAGCUCGAAGAAAUUCGCGGCAACUACGAGUCUGCACUUCGUGCAAAGAGGUCCGUCGAGCAGCAGUACGAGGAGUCGGUUAGCCGAAUCAACGAGCUGACCACGAUUAACGUGAACCUUUCGUCAUCGAGGGCAAAACUUGAGCAAGAAUUGGCUACCAUCGCCGGUGAUUACGAGGAGGUGACCAAGGAGCUCCGCGUUAGCGACGAACGCUACCAGCGCGUCCAAACCGAAUUGAAGCACACCGUUGAAAUUCUCCACGACGAGCAAGAGCGCAUCGUCAAAAUCGAAGCGAUCAAGAAGUCGCUCGAAAUCGAAGUCAAGAACCUCUCCAUCCGUCUGGAGGAGGUCGAGGCUAACGCUAUCGUCGGUGGAAAGAGAAUCAUCAGCAAGCUGGAAGCUAGAAUCCGUGAUCUGGAGCUCGAGCUUGACGAAGAGAAACGCAGACACGCCGAAACCGUGAAGAUCCUCCGCAAGAAGGAGCGCAACAUCAAGGAGGUGAUGAUCCAGGUCGAGGAGGACUCGAAGAACAUCGCGCUGCUCCAAGAGGCGUUGGACAAGUCGAGCCAGAAGGUGAACAUCUACAAGAGGCAGCUGCAGGAGCAGGAGGGUAUGUCUCAGCAGAGCGUUACGCGAGUACGUCGCUUCCAACGCGAACUCGAAGCCGCCGAAGACCGUGCCGAUACCGCCGAGAGCAACCUGACCUUGAUCCGCGCGAAGCACCGCAGCUUCGUGACAACAUCAUCGGUACCUGGUUCCCAGGUUUACCUGGUUCAAGAGACGAGGCAGGAAUCUUCUUAGGCCACCAAUCCCGCACCGUUUGCAGCUUUGAUACCGCUACACCAUCAUCACUAUCAUGUAGGUCCAACUGAAAUUGUUUAUCAAUAAUAUUUGUACCUA